AUGUUUCAGCUGUGGCAACACCAAUCUCAAUUUAGGGCAACUAGUCAAAUACUAUGCGUAACAACAAGUAAAUUAAGUGUUACCUCUACGGUACCUCCUCCUUCGUACAUCAUAGUUGCUCUCACGGAUGGAACGAUACAUUGUUUAUUUAGAGAAUCUCUGAAACAGGUAUCAACGACAAAUAUUAACAAUGCGUAUCGGAAUGAAGAUUCUACAAUGGCAAAACAUCAAAAACUUAGUGUUAAAUUAUCAAGAAUGGAUAUAUCUUGGUUGGGAAACGUUUUAGUUUGUACUGAUACUCACGGUCAAUUGUAUUUAUAUAGACUGACGCCGAUAUCCGAACAUGGCAAGUUUUUUUCGCGCCAUUUUUUUUUUCGUGGUCCUAUAACGGUUCCGUAUGCUUGCACACUUUUAGAAUACUGUUUGGUAACCGGUUUAGAUUGGUGGGAUUUGUUGGUUUCGAUAAGGUCAUCAAUGUUGGAAGCAAUUGUUGAAAAAUUUACGGAAAGUUUCAACAGGCAAAACGGUGCUUCAAAACAAUUUUACAACGUUCAGUUCUUGUGUAUAAAAACGUCAUUGUACAGGAUAGCCGCAAAUGGACAGUCAAGAGUAGCUGAUUUAACAUCCCUAUUAAUGCUCUACUCUAUAGCCACGGCAUUCAAGACUUUACUCAGGCCAUCGGACAUGUCUAAUCAUGAUAAAGGACCCGCUGAAAGUUUAGCCGCCGUUUUGAACGAUCCUGUCACAGACGUGGACAAAGUUCUUUUACAUUUGGAAGCGAAAGAAUUCACGGUCGAACCUAGCACACUGCAAUCUCUUCAACAGUUAAUUCAAUGGAUAGCAGAUUUAACGUUGAAUUUAUUGGCGAGACUACCCGAACAAAGGACGACGUCCAAUAAAAAUUCUGGAUAUACGCUGACGCGUGAUUACCAAGCUUUAAGCACUCUCAGAGAAUUGCUCGUCAUAAUUAGAAUUUGGGGUUUGCUGUGUCAAAGCUGUCUUCCGGUAUUCGUCGGAAGUGUUGAAAAUUUCGAUGUUUUGCCUUUGCUCUUCAGGUUGUUGUCAAGAUUAAUUCAAACAUCGGAAUCCGACGAAAGUUUGUUGGAUGAAUGUUGUUCUCUUCCCAAUCAAGUGUCAAUACCACAAAUGAAUUUCUGCAAUACUACGGUACAGGUUUUAAGUCCGGCUUUGUUUACCCAAUCGUUACCAAUGCAGUUGUAUUACGGCGUCGAACCAGAUUUUUUAGAAUACGUUCCGGAUAAAAUCCACGCGGAAAACGGGUACCAACCGGAAUUAAUGGUCGAUAGUUUCAGACACGUUUUCUUGGGAAAACAUCCGCUUUUAAUAAAACAAUGUUCCAGAUGCGGGAGCAAAGCUCAAGUCACAAGUUCGAGUAGGAGAACGGCAGCAAUCGUCGCUUGGGAUCAUCGAUGGUCUCGCUCUUGCAGAUGUUCGGGUCAUUGGCGAAUACGAAAUUUCAACAGGAGUCACACCACGUGA